CUUGACUGGAAGCAUGGAUGAGUGAUACAGGUAUAUAUAUGAGGAUGAUUUGAGGAGAUUCUUGACGGAAGAGGAGGUACAGACCAUCUUUCCAAUGUUUGAAGGCGCCCUUGAUACUGGAAGGAUUAAGAAAUCUGCAUUUCGGAAUUGGGUGGUAAGAGCUUACAGAGAGAGAAAAUCACUUGCCCAUUCCUUGAAUGACACUAAGACGGCAGUGCAACAGCUGCAUAAGCUUGCCAGUGUGGUUGUGAGUGUGAUAAUUUUUGUGGUAUCACUUCUGGUAACGGGGGUUGCAACAACGAAAGUUUUUGUAGCAAUCACUUCUCAGCUUCUACUACUGGGAUUUUUAUUCCAAAGCACUGGAAAGACUCUAUUUGAAUCAAUAGUCUUUGUUUUUGUCAUGCAUCCUUUUGAUGUUGGCGAUCGCUGUGUCAUCGAUGGUGUCCAGAUGAUCGUUGAAGAAAUGAACAUUCUGACCACAGUCUUCCUUCGCCAUGAUAAUGAGAAGAUUUAUUACCCGAAUGCAGUGCUGCUCACAAAGCCUAUCAGUAACUUCUACCGAAGCCCACAUAUGUUUGAUACGAUAGAAUUCCAUAUUGAUGUUUACACUCCCGUUGACACUAUUGCUGCUUUGAGAAAGGCAAUUCAGGCGUAUUUGGAAAGCAAGCCAAAGCACUGGAAUCCAAAGCACACAGUUUUAGUGAAAGAGAUUGAGAAUGUGAACAAGAUGAAGAUGUCCCUCAACGUUCUGCACACAAUGAAUCACCAAAACUUUCCAGAACGGAACAGUAGAAGAUCAGAGCUCGUCUUGGAGCUGAAGAAAAUCUUCGAAAGCCUCGGAAUCAAGUAUAAUUUGCUCCCCCAGGAAGUUCAUCUUACACAAGUUCUCGGUGCCAAUCCCAGAAUUCCUGCUCCUCCGGAUCCAGCUGCAUAUCUCUGGAGUAAUCACUAGCUGCAGGUGAGUUCAUGAAGAACGAAGACUGAUGAAAAGCAGGAGCAUGAAAUAAUAUCAAAAUACCUAUGGCAGCCAUAGGCUUCGUUUGAGACAACUUUUUAAAUUCUUUUUAAAUCAGCUUUUUAGUAAAAAAGAAAAAAAUUCGUACUAAAAAAUUGAUUUGAAAAGCAAUAAAAAGGCCGUCCCAAAGGAAGCCAUAGUUGAUAUCUAUUAUCCUUUCUUUCAUCAUAAAUAGUGCAUCAUCUUUCAAUUGAGUUGCAUUCAGUGGGAAUUCUCUAAUGCACAAGUCCAAAUCUUUAUAUAUUUUUGCUCUUUUCUCUCAAUUUCCCUCUCCCCUAUCUUGUCUUGGGGGCAUUUCAUUGUUCUUCUCAGUUAUGUCUAAUAAUAGAUGUGUUAUGAAAGAUUUUGUUGAUAUGAUUAAGGAAUGUGAUUUAUCAUAUAAGAAAUUUCAUGCA